UCAGCGGCUUUGCAGUGCUAGUUUCUGUACCUCACAAGCGUACGGCACCUCCAUAGCCAAAGCAAUCAGCCCACACAUGGUACUCUCCGUCGUCCUGCUCGCGGCAGGCAUCACGCUGAUGCUCGUCGUCCACAUCCUCGUUGUCCUCUGGGUGCUGAGGCGGGGCAUCACCGCCCGCGUCGCCGAGCACGCGGAGGAAGACGCGGGCCUUACUGCCGAAGAGCUCGGCGAGCUGCCAUGCCACGACUUCAAAGACGGCGGCGCCGGCGAGUGCGCGGUGUGCCUGGAGGCGUUCAUGGCCGGCGACCGUUGCAUGGUGCUGCCGCGGUGCGAGCACGGGUUCCACGCCGAGUGCGUCGGCUCGUGGCUGCGCAAGAGCCGCCUGUGCCCCAUCUGCCGCGCCGAGGUGGCCGGCCCGCCGAAGGAGGACAGCGCGGUGGCCUCCGAGGUCGUCGUGGAGAUCGUUGCUGCCUGACAGCCGUCGUUGGGCAGUUGGAUGCAGUGUUUGCAGGUGUUCGCUAGGUCCUCAUUUUGUUGAUUAUAUGCAUGCGUAUGUGCUGUGUAAAUGAGUGGUGAGAGCGUUUCUGCAUUUGUGAUGUAUAUAGCCAUCGUGUUGAUUUAGAUGCUCUUGCGAGGA